CUUCAGAACAGAGCAAUGGCCAAAGGCGCGUCGCAGAGUCAGCAAGCUGCAUCGGUGGUGGCCGCUGGCCGUGGAGGCGCCGGAUCGGGCCCCCGCGGAGCUGCCGGCAACGCAUCUGGGCUCCGGCGGAGGCGCGCUUCGUCCGGGAGUGGAGGAUUUGGGGGCAGCGGCGGAAAUAUGCUUAGGUUCUACACAGACGAUGCGCCGGGGCUCAAGAUCACGCCGACGAUGGUGCUCGUGAUGAGCCUCUGCUUCAUAGGGUUUGUGACGGCGCUUCAUGUGGUAGGCAAGCUCUACCACUACAAGUCCGCCAGCGCCUAAUUCCCCCGGAUCUUGAGUGUUUUGCUCCUGUAACACAGAUUUCCAAGAAUUUCCAAUACUUUUGCUUGAUCGUU